AUGGCCCUGGUGGCAAGUGUACAGCGCCUGGCGCCCCUGCUGAGCUCCGUGCUGACGUCCCAGCAGCCCCGACUGCGCAUCCAGCACCCCCGAGCCGGUCUGGAGGUGCAGAGCAUACACUUGACGGAGGCCAGCACAGAGGGCUAUGUGUUCACGAUGCCCCGCGGGCACCCAGAGGGGCCCGGCCACAUCCGUAUCCCCGCCGGUGAAGUGAAGCAGCUCCUCGGGAAAGGUGGGUUUCUAAGCACCCAGGUGGGCUCAGCCAUCAUCUCCGCUGAGGUAUGGGAUGAAACCGGGGAAGUCAGCACGGCCGUGACCUUUCACCUGCAGCACCAGGCCCAGGCAAUCCCUGGUCCCUCCAACUCAGAGGCCUCAGCUUCCCCCUGCAUCUUCCUGGUCUCCCUCUCCUCUCCAUACGCGUUCACACACCUGCCCCGUGCCCCCCAUACACACUCACACACUUGCUCUGUCCCUGUGUCCUGCCCUCAGGCCUUCCCGCAGAAACUGGUGGAGCCUGUCUGUGCUUUCUGGAACUUCAGGGGCUCAUGGGCCACUACUGGCUGCUCCGUGACCACCCUUUACGAGGACUCUACCGCCUGCUUCUGCAACCACAGCACCAACUUCGCUGUCCUGCUGCAGGUGUAUGACGCCCAGAGGAGCGCUGAGGAGGAGUCGCUGCUGAGGACGCUCUCGUUUGUGGGCUGCGGUGUGUCCUUCUGCGCCCUGGCCACCACCUUCUUGCUCUUCCUGGCAGCCGGGGUCCCCAGGUCAGAGCGAACCACGGUCCACAAGAACCUUACCUUCUCCCUGGCCUCUGCAGAGGGCUUCCUCAUGGCCAGCGAGUGGGCAAAGGCCAGCAAGGUGGCUUGUGUGGCCGUCACAGCCGUAAUGCACCUCCUCUUUUUGGUCGCAUUCUCCUGGAUGUUGGUGGAGGGCCUCCUGCUGUGGAGCAAGGUGGUGGUCGUGAGCAUGCGCCCGGGCCCCAGGAUGACACUCUACUAUGCCACAGGCUGGGGUGUGCCUGUGGCCAUUGUGGCCAUCACCCUGGCCAUGUUCCCCCAUGACUACGUGGCCGCCGGGCACUGCUGGCUCAACGUGCACACAGACGCCAUCUGGGCCUUUGUGGGGCCUGUGCUCUUCGUGCUGACUGCCAAUAUCUGCAUCCUGGUCCGCGUGGUCAUGGUCACAGUGUCCAGCGCCCGCCGCCGAGCCCGCAUGCUGAGCCCACAGCCCUGCCUGCAGGAGCAGGUCAGGAUCCAGACAUGGGCCACGGUGAAGCCGGUGCUGGUCCUGCUGCCCGUCCUGGGACUGACCUGGCUGGUCGGCGUGCUCGUGCAUCUCAGCCCAGCCUGGGCCUACGCCGCCGUGGGCCUCAAUUCCUUCCAGGGGCCAUACAUCUUCCUGGUCUACGCUGCCUACAACAGGGAGGUCCGGAGCGCCCUGAAGAGGAUGACUGAGAAAAAGGCAACAGAGGCAUUCACGGCCUGCUCCAGCCCCAUGGGCCGGGGGUCCCACCCGAGGUCCCUGGGUCCCUUGGAGGUGGCUCAGGACAACCCUGUAGCCUUGGCUCCAGCCCGAAGACACUUGGUUGUCAGAGGGACCCACGGCCCCAGAAUCCCCACAACCUUCUCCAUUGCAGAACCUGAGAGACCAGCCCAGCCUCCUGGCCGCACCCCUCUCAGAGCCCCUGUCCUGAUGCCUUGUGGGCCAAAAGGAGUUCCAAACCUGGUGAGAAGCACGUGCUUUCCUCGCAGGUCCAGUUCCCCCAACCAGAGGGCUGAUGGGGCCUGUGGGCAGCGGGGCAAGGCUGGGGCCGCCCCAGGCCCUGCUCACGAAGAGGAAUGA